CUGUUCCAGAGGUUCGUAAAGGCAACACGAGUAGCCGUUUUGAACUGUAGCGGAAAUGUGGGAGCAGGGACUGUGGUCGUGACAGUGAGGCGAACAGCAGAUUUGUGAAGACAGACAUGGUUAACAGUGGUGUGAUGGCUGCACUUCUGCUCCAGCUGUCAUGACUCCUCUCAUCUGGAUGCUCACAUGGCUGCCUCAGAUCCUGUCAGCUAUGAGUGAACUGCCCCCGGCUGUCAACCUUACCCUGACCCGAAGCCAUAUGUUGAAGUGGCAGCCAGGACCAGGAACCCCCGCUGGAGUGCACUACAAUGUCACUAUUAUCACUGACAAGCGAACAUCCUGGGUGCCAGUGGCUGGCUGUGAGCAUGUCCACAACCCUCUGGUUUGUGACCUCACAGGUGCUUUUUUCGACGAAAGAGAACUCCACUUUGUCCAGGUUAUGACAGUGCAGAAAGGAAAGGCCUCACAAGCAGUGAUACAUCCAGGAUUUAUACCCCUCGAAGACACUUGGAUGGACCUGCCACACCUGACUGUGGCACCCUGUGGCAGGAAUCUUUGUGUGGACCUUCAUCCCCCCACGGAGCACAGAAGAAAGAUCUAUGACACACUCAGUUAUAAACUCAAGAUUGAAUGCAACAGUGCAGAAAGAGCCACGUUUUUCAAGGACAUUAAGUCCCUGAGAAGAGAGAUUUUGGAGGACCUGGCCCCUGGCAGACAGUACUGCGUCUCUAUCUGCAUUGUGGAUACACUUGACUCCAAGGCAUCCAACUACAGUCAACCUGUGUGUUCUUCCACCUUUGGCAUCUAUUCUGCAGACCCGUGGCGCUCAGCUGUAGUCUGUAUAUUGCUGAUGUUAGCUGUGGGUAUCGUGGCCUUGCUGGUGGUUACUGGUUUCAUCUGUCUGAAAAGGAGACCACUACCACGGGUCCUGACAUCUUUCAAUCAUGUUGAAGGGGUUAUGGAAGUUGUUCCCUGCAGCACGUCUCUCCCUUCUUUUUUGAAUGCUAAGCCAACACUCAUCUCUUCAGGCAAAAAGAGAAGCAACCAGUCAUCAGAUGAGAGUGACGUGGAAAGUGGAACAGAAAGCCAUGAUGGUUGCAGAGGAAAUUAUUUCCUGCAAGUGGGCUCAUCAUCUUUGUCAGCCCCCUUGUCUCCAGAGCCUGAACCACAGCUCAGUAUCUUCUCAAACCAAAUAUCAGACUUCAGUUCACAGCCUGAAGUCUCACAUUCCAGUGCUGGACUGAACCAUACACAGAGCACAGUCACAGACAGUUGGACGGCAGGAAUAAAAGACACAGAUAAGGAGAAGAAGGUGGUGAGAAAGACAGACAACCAGGAUGUGAAUCUCCACACAUUAACCUUUGGCAGGAAUGAGGAGAAGGAGAAGGAAUCUCAUCCAGACCUGGUACAGGUCGAGCCACAGUCUCACUCAGCCUCAGAGGAGAACAACAUCAGUCCAAUUCAACCCUCACAAACUUGGCAUACCAAGGAUGUGGCCAUAGAAACAGUUUCCUGCUCUUCUAAUGAAGAGGAGGAAGAGGAGCACUCUGGAUAUAUGGGGCGUCCAAGCACAGAUGUCUUGCGGAAUUUAUGGUAGAAGUCUGCAAGUUUCCCAUUUGGAAGCUUGAAGUCUUUUCAGAAUUUCAUAAUGUGUUCAAUCGAAAGAAAGACUUGCACUGGUCUAAAUUCUGAUAUGGACAACUGAUUUUUGGUGAGUAAUUCUCGUUAGGACGGAUGUACUGCACUCACACUGAGCCAGUCCAGCACCAAACAGUACACUUUGAAGUAAAGUAACAAUUCCUUAGAACAGUACCUCACAUACUUUAUGAUUUUUAAGUUUAAGUUUUUUUCAGAGCCGUCAACAAAUAUCGAACUAGAAUGGUAAAUGGUUGUAUUUAUAUAGCGCUUUCUAGUCUUGAUGACCACUCAAAGCACUUUACAGUACAGUUUGCUAUUCACCCAUUCUUGCUUAAGUACACUUUGACAUGCAGAUGGACAAGACAGGGAUCGAACUGUCGACCUUUUGGUUGGAGGAUGACCGCUCUAUCCCUCAGCCUCAGCUGCCCUGGAAUGGCACUCAGUAGAGCAGUUACCUCCACCAAGUGUCAAAUUGCACACUUUCAUAGAUACCAGUCCAUUGAAUAUGCCAAAAAAACUUUUAUCUUGAAUCCACCCCUUUGUCUGGAUCAGCACCAAAAUUGAAUGGGUCCCAUGUCUCAUCAUUCCACCAAGUUUUGUGGGAAUCUGUUGUGUAGUUUUUGUGUAGUCCUGCAGACAAACAAACCAAUGCACAUUGGCAAAUGCAUAACCUCUUUGGCUGAGGUCAAGAUGGGCUUAGUCCAGGGGUAACAACUUGAAAUGUUGCCUCUUGUUGACUCACAUGGGAAAUUUAUUUUCACUUUUACAAGCGCUAGCACUCGUACUAGCAUGAGGUCUAAGAUUCAUGUUUAUUAUUGCUCUACCGCUUCAGUAUUACAUUCCUUAUUCCAUAGCAUUUACUGGAGUUAUAACUGGGGCCCAUAAGCUCAGUCUAUACAAACACAUCCAAUCACAUACACUGAAUUUCACCUUUUUCAUUUAGAGAAACACUUAACUUUGUGUCAAACCGUUCUCUUUGAACUUCCAGAAGUGCUGUUUUACUUACUCUGUGUUGGCAGCUGAUAUAUUUUAUAAUGUUUUGAGUUAAUGACUGAUAAUGCUUUUGCUGUUUUCACAUCAACCUUAUACAUCAGACAGCUGAGUUCUCUGUCACAUUCUUGGAAGUAGAAUUUGUAUUAGAAAGCUGGAUAAUACACCACCUCCCAUGAGCGAUGCUGAAAAUAUAUUGUAUCAUGUUUGCAGCAGCAGCUGUAGGACUAACUUGAAAAGGGAAAACUGUUUUUUUCCCUUAUAGCUAAGAUUCCACAGCAAAUGUCAGACUUAGGUUUCAGUUCCAGCCAACGUUGAGAAAACAUUUUAUGUCAUUUUAACUUUUGUUUUGUUACGUACAUACAUCACCAUGCUUCUUGUUAACUGAGUUGAGGUAGGUAUACUGAACAACAAUUUCCUUAUGUGUAUUAGUGUCAAUAUCACUGAUGACUGAUCAAUGUGCACUAGACAUUGCAUUUCAAAGAAAAGGUCAAUAAAGAGGAAUAGUUGUGAGCAAAAGGAGAAUUUAUGUCUCCAGAAUAUGUAUCUGAAUUGAUCUCAAGCUGAAAACAAUUUGCUGCUAUAAUUGAUUAUUAUCAAAAAAAUGCCAUUUUUGAUGCUUUGAUUAUUUUUUAAUGGAUUAAUCAUAUGGUAAUUGUCAUGGUUAGUGUGCAAUCAUUACCAGUGAACUUUGUGAAGUUACACAUUGCAGUAGGAUACAUGUAUUAUGACUAUAACAUGUGUCAUGAUGCUUGUAUCGGUAUGCCUCAUCUAACAGUAUAUUCAAAUUCCCAAACUGAAAAUUGCAUUUUUGAUAUUGACUGUAAAAUCCUGCCAUCCUUUAAAUUUAACGUGCAUAAAUAGUCAGUGUAUCCUGUUACUCAUUCUUAAGCUGUGC